GCAUUUCCUUUUUCCAUCCGCUCUAUACAGUAAGAGCGAGAGGCCUGUGCAAAAGUGUGAAUCACUUAUCUGAACUAACUUGUAGAUUUGGAACGUGGUGCGCAACAAUGUUUCAAUUUUGCAAAAAGGUCUAGAACUUACCGUCGGAAACUUUCAUUAUAGUUGGCAGAAUUCUUGCAAACAUGAAGGACCAAGCCCGUCAGGGAUAAGGGGCGAUCGGGAAUGCUGCUGCCAUGAAAAGAUUUCAGAGGGGAAAAUAAGGGAUCCGCACCGAGUGCAAGCAAGCUUGGAAAAAACUUAUGAGAAGACAAGAAAAGAUGUUAAGACUGUUUCUCAAUUAAUAGAGAAGACUCGUCUAAAAAGAGUUAUCGAAAGUACAACUUGGUAGGCUACUGUGUUCAAAAAAGAAACAUUAACAAUAGGGAGCCAGUCGGCUAAUAGUUCCCCGGUGGUCUACUGACAAAGACGUAUGCAGACAGCGGCAGGCGAAGCCCAGGCUACAAUGUGUUCGCAUUUAAUGUUCCUCUUGAAAAUUUUGAGAGAUUAAUGUAGUGAUACUUGGAAAUAUCUAUGUAACACGGCGUAUUCACUUUACGUCCCGGUAAUGUCUUUGAAGAAGAUGUUUAUAUUUUACCCUGAUUCAUUCGCUCUCGUGUCACAUUGUUUCACAUCAGUUGCUCCACCAACAUACUAAAUCUACAAAUUGGGUAUACACUGUGGAAUACCAAAAUUAUUCUUUCCAUUUGAUGGAUAAAACGAUUUUCAGUCGUUGUGGAACGCCUUGGUUGGACGGACACUGAAAGGAAAUACGGAGUCGAUUCACAAUCGGAGUUUGUCGUUGUGGUAAAAUGCUAGUUGGAUAAAAUCCGUGGAAAAACCCCAUAACGGAAGCCCAAUGAGCGGCACACAGUCAACACUCACUGACAGGUUUCCCAAAAAAGCAACUAGGACCGCUAGCAUUCUCAGCAAGGACCACCCCCCCGACAAGAAACCCAAGAGUGACAAGGCCGCUGUCCAGUCUGCGCAUGAGUUUGACCCCACAGAACUGCCUGUGCAGAAGACUGUAGUAGCAGAGGGAAGCCCAGAGCCCUGUGGGCUUGUCCAGCGUUGUGUGAUCAUCCAGAAAGACGAGAAUGGCUUUGGGCUGACGGUGAGCGGAGACAACCCUGUGUUUGUGCAACUGGUCAAGGAGGAUGGCGCUGCCAUGCGAGCUGGUGUCCAGACUGGUGAUAGGAUCAUCAAGGUUAACGGGACCUUAGUAACACAUUCGAACCAUGUAGAAGUUGUCAAGCUUAUCAAAUCGGGCUCCUAUGUUGCCUUGACGGUGCUGGGGCGACCCCCAGGCCUUGUCCAAAUCUCCCUGGGGGAAGGGGAGGGAGACUCAGGCCUGUCCCCUUCCCUUUCUUCCCCCCACUCCCCAGGACCCACGUUGGGAGAGUCGCUCGGUCUCUCCCCCUCCUCCACCACCAGCCCCCAGGACCAUAUCACCCCCCCGCUGGCUCUUUGGGAAGAGAACAGUGCUGUGCACAGCCAAAAAGUGGACAUCCUUCAUAAAAUGCUGACUAAAGAGUACCAGGACUUACAGGCAAUGCAGGAGGAGUAUAGCAAGAACCCCACACCCAAACUACUGAAGGAGAUCCAGGAGGCCAAGAAGCACAUUCCACUGCUACAGGGCCAGCUCAGUAAGGCCACAGGGACACCUCAGGACGGCCCCCUGUCGCCCAGGGAUGGUGAGGCAGAGGAGGAGGGGACUGAUGGUGAUCAGACCCCCUCCUCGCGGAGAGAGGGCAGCAGUGACUGGCCCUGGACUAACAACAACACUGUGACUCCAAGUCCUUUCCCCGAGAGUCCGUGCCAAAGAGAGACCCCCUGCCACAGCCCAAAGACCCCCAAAGACAGCAUCAACUGCCAGUUGUCCGACACCGAGGACACACCCGAUCCCUCCGGUGUGGGAAGCCCCUCCUCCUGCCUCAACCCGCAGAUCAUCGGAGCAGAGGAUGACUACUUUGAUACUGAGCAGGAACAGAUUAAUGGUCAGUGUAGCUGUUUCCAGAGCAUGGAACUGCUCAAGUCUAGACCUGCUCACCUGGCUGCCUUCCUACAUCAUGUGGUCUCGCAGUUUGAUCCGGCACCUCUGCUGUGCUACCUCUAUGCCGACCUAUAUAAGCAGACCAAUUCCAAAGAGACCAGACGGAUCUUUAUGGACUUUCACACCUUCUUCAUGGACCGAGCAGCGAAUCUUAAAGUCGCAGUGCCUGACUCUAUCGCUUCUGAACUGGAACGCCGGAGACCAGAGCUCAUUCCUGAGGACUUACACAGACAGUACACACAGGUCCUCCAGGACACACUCCUAGCUGACAUCCAGAAGAACCUGGAGGACUUCAGGCAGAAGCGCAGCAUGGGUCUGACGCUGGCGGAGACUGAGCUUGCCAAGCUGGACACGGAGAGAGUGCGGGACCGGGUGGCACUGGAAAGAGAGCGUUCCUGCGCUGAACACAUCAUCUCCAAGAUAGAGGAUGUGCUCCUGACAUCACCCUCCACUGAAGAGGAGAAGUGCACAACAAUGCAGUAUGUCAUCCUCACCUAUAUGAAGCACCUGGGGGUGAAGGUCAAGGAACCUCGCAGUCUGGAACCUAAACGAGUCCGCAUCAACUUCCUGCCUAAGAUAAAGAAGAGCAUCAAGCCUGAGAAAGAGGGAGAAGAAAAGGUGAAGAAGCCUCGCUUUCCCAGCAUCCUCGUCCCCCCUCGUCGGCCCAGCAGAGUGGACUCCACAUCAAUUGGCAAGGCCAUGGAGCUGACCAAGCAGCGACCCCAGAAGCAACUGUCCCAGCCAGCCAUGGGGGUCUCCGAGCACCCAGAAUCUUCCUCUGCUGGGAGCCGGGCCCGUGGGAGCCAAUCCAGCGAGGGUUCUGACGCCAGCGCCCAGCCCUUGACCUAUAUCACCUCACCCCCCCACAGCGCGCCAGCGAGCCAGGGCUCCGACUUUACGGGACGGGACUCGGACUCAGGCCUCCCUCCCUCCUCUGCUCUGGCCAGACUUAGCGAGGGGGUCCAUUCGGGCGAUGCCCUUGAUGGCAUGUCCCACCCAACCAGCACCCACUUUGACUUCAGCUCCUGCACCCUAGACCAAUUACAAGAGGAGGAGCGAGAAAGUGACAGAGCUCCAGAGGGAGGAACGCCCAAGCCUGCUCGGAGGAUGGAAGGGUUAAGCGGUUUGACCUCUACAGACGUGCAAAGCGAAGAUGACCAAGGGAAUGAGAUUGAGUGCGAACAGGACCCUCCCAACUGGCAGCAGCUGGUCAGUCGAGACGUCCUGGCUGGCCUUACACCACAGGAAAUCAAGAGACAGGAAGUUAUCAAUGAACUUUUCUACACUGAGCGAGCACACCUGAGAAUGCUGAAGGUUCUAGACUACGUUUUCUACCAGAAGCUAACCAGAGAUGGCAUCCUCCCUCCAGUCGACAUCAAACACAUCUUCACUAACCUGGAGGAGAUCGUUCAGCUACAUGUGUCUAUAACAGAUCAGAUGACGGCUAUACGCAAAAAGAAUGAGACAUCAGUCAUCGGGCAGAUAGGAGAUGAUCUGCUAGCAUGGUUCAGUGCUGGAGAGGAGGAGAAGAUCAAGCGGGCAGUGGGCACCUUCUGCAGUAAUCAGCCAUUUGCUUUAGAACUUAUCAAGACCAGACAGAAGAAAGACCAGCGCUUCACCUCCUUUAUGCAGGAAGCAGAAAGUAACCGCCUCUGUCGCAGACUGCAGCUAAAGGAUAUCAUUCCAGUGGAGAUGCAGAGACUCACCAAGUAUCCGCUUUUGCUAGAGAGCAUAGCCAAGUACACAGAUGACACAGAGGAAAGAGACAAGGUGAAGAGAGCUGGGGAGUGCUGUAGAAAGAUACUCAAUUACGUCAACCAAGCUGUCAAAGAGGCAGAGAACAAACUGAGGCUAGAAGAUUACCAGCGACGGUUAGACCUGUCAUCUCUGAAGCAGAGUGAGAACCCUAUGAUAUCUGAGUUUAAGAAUCUGGACCUCACCAAGAAGAAGAUGGUACAUGAAGGACCUCUUUCCUGGAAAGUCAACAAAGACAAGAUCAUUGAACUGUACACCCUGCUUCUUGAGGACAUCCUGGUCCUUCUGCAGAAGCAGGAUGAACGCCUGGUUCUCAAGUGCCACAGCAAGAACCUGGCAGGGACAGCAGACACCAAGCACAUCUUCAGCCCCAUCAUCAAGCUCAGCACCGUGCUGGUGCGCUCUGUGGCAACUGAUAACAAGUCCUUCUUCGUGUUGUCCAUGUCAGACAACGGUGCCCAAAUCUAUGAGCUAAUGGCACAGACGGUGUCAGAGCAGAGAACGUGGCAGUGUCUAAUCACACAGAGGGCGGACAACAUGAAGACGAAACUGCACAUCAUACCUUUACCACAAACAGAUGUGGAGCAAGAAGCUGUUGAGAUUAUCAGUACGGCAGUGCCCAAACUGAGCAAAGACCCUGACAGGACUUCAACUGGAAGUAUCCAGUCCCCAGAAAAAGAUGCCACUUCUUCUUUGGUUCUGCAAGCCCCACAGAUAGGGACCAACCCCUUUGAUGGUGUCAAAUCAGAGGACGAGGAGGAAGAAGAGGCUGUACCCGACAGAGGAGGAGGGGAGGAGGAGGAAGAGGAAGUGAGCACAUUCCUGGAAGGCGAUCUGGCCGACAGACUGCCCUUCCUUCAGCAGAGGUCACGGCAGGGCAUCGCCAUGGAUGAGCAGGAACCAGAUGCUUUUGGCAUAGCUCCUUCCAGGGCAGAGGAGGCACUAAGGACCUUGGCAGCCCUAAAGCAGGUGCUUCUGAACCACAUGAUGACCCGUGAGGAGGGAGGAAGAGAGCAGGAGAAAGACAACGAGCAGAGGAAGGGCCGAGCCGCCGGAGGCCGACUACUCAGGACCACCUCCCUCAGGGGCCCGGAAGACAGCAGCAGCAGCAACCCUGACUGCAGGACAACACCGCCCUCUGUUGUCUCCGCUGAAAACGCCAGUGGUUUGGACCAGGCAGAGACUGGGAAGGAAGACAGGGCUCCAGAACUCCCUUCUGGUGACACAGACAUUUUUGAGACAUCGGAGGAAUAUGGUAGUUACAUGGUCCUGGAGGGAUAUGGGGGUUCAGGGGAGAGCAGCACUGAUGACGACGGCGUGCUUGGUGGAGAGGGAGGAAUCCAGUGGGGCUCCGCAGGCGACUUCAGCAUCGACCUGAAGAAGCUGCUCUCCUCGUCCUCUCAGACAGGGGGCGCCGGCCCCAACCUCAGCCGCCAGGUUAUGACUCACCUACGCCUCCUACAGGCCAACUUGCAACAUCUGAAGGACGUGGAGACCAAGUAUAACCAACUGCGCCAAAGGCUGAGUGAAACAGCUACUGACACAGAGGAGAAUAAAGAUCAGAGUUAGUGAUGAUGGCACUCCUCUUCCCCUCCACUUCUCAAGGACAGAGGAGUGUCAGAGGGAGGGGGAGACGGUGUCCGAUUUCCUCUGGAUGCCCCCAACCACACCUCCUUUCUUCUCCUCAUCCCCUCAUGCUGCAGUGGCCAACAGCGGAGCCUGGAAAUGGCAGCAAAGUUAGCAAGUAGACAGGCCGGCACACAUGGCAAUCAGGGAAGACCUCAACCUCCACAGCUUCAUCCCAGGACCAUUGUACUUCCAACACUCCACUGUAAUGGUCAACUUGAAUCACCAGAAAACCAAACGGAAAUGAAGAAAAGUGCCACUCAGAUUGCAUGGCCCACCAUAAACGUUUUCCAGCGAGCAUGGAUAUCACUGGACAGGGAAAUCCUCACCACUGAAUUUUUUUUUUUUUUUUUCGGCUGUGUCUGAUCUAACUAGUAUCUUCCUGUUACUUGUGAGCAUUUGGUUCCGGUUAAAAGUGAGAAUUGUGUCCCUCUAUAUGGGGGGGGGGGGGUGUUCAGUGUUGUCUGAUCCAGAAUCUCCCCCUCCAUCUGUUUGAGAGUGGUUUUCCAUUGAUACACCUCCAUAGAGUACAAUACACAACAUAAGUAGUUGUGACUCAAUAUGAGAAGUGUGCUGAUGAUUCCGAGGACAGUUGCAUCAUUUUAAGGGUUCAGCCAUUUAGGUCUGUCCAAAUUGAAAUCUGACCACAGAUUGUUCCCAUUUUUGCCAGAUAGAAAGUCCUUAAUAAGCUUUUGGACCUUAAACUUAAAGCCUACAACACUAACAACUAAACCUGAUCCUGGUAAUUGAUUGACUGAUCGACAGUGGAUCUUUGUAGAAAAUCCUUUUGAGGUUAAACAUCAAGGUCUGAAUUACCAGCCUGUAAGCUUUGUUAGAUAGACUUCAAGUAGGUAGCACAAGGCCUUGAUAACCCCUCAGAAAGUAGUCAAAAUCGAUUCAAACAGUUCCUUAUCAUAAAUUGUAGAUAUUGAUUUAAAACAGUUUGACGCGAAUGUGUACGCCUUCCUCCAUUGUGCAGUCAUAUUGCAGUCAUAGAGGUUAUUAAAAAAGGCUACAGUUUGAAUUUUUCACCACUCUGUUCACAUUUCUGUUUUGAUGGAAAUAUGGACAAGACUUAUGCAGGAAUGAAAAGUGCUGUAAAAAUAUUUCAGUGAUAUGCCGUCAGUGAUGAGAUGAUGGAGAAAAUAAACGUACCCACUUCAUGGGUGCAGGGCUGUAUAUCCACAGAUUUACUUAAGAGGAGACCUGUUAUCUCACAAGCUUGUGACAAAGCAUAAAUCCUGUGAUUAACUUUGUUGUAAUGUAGUAUUCAUCCAUUCCUAAUAGCCCCGUCACUUCCCCAUGCACCCUCUCGAACCCCCCCCCCCCCCCCCCGAGAGCAGUUACUGUAACAUUCUGGUUGACCUUUUUUGAAACUCAAAACAGUUACUGUACUCCAUCCAUUGGAUACAAGCUACUGGGGAACUCUUCACUCACCAUUAAGCUUUUAAGGUAUGAGCACAAGACCUCUGCAGUUUCAUGGUUGGAUUGAGAAAUUACUGCAAGGCACAACAAAGAUAUUACUUUUACUCCAACGUUCGCCGUAGCCAAAAGACUGUGUGCGCUUAUGAAGUUGUGGCAUGGAUUCUUGGAUGAAAAAGAAGUAAAUUACAAAAAAAGCUGAAAAGACCACAUAAAACUU